GGAGCCUGCCGCUGCACUACGGGCAGGGCCACCUCCAGUCCCACCUGCACACCCGCCGCUGCUGCUCCCUCUUCGACGUCUCCCACAUGCCGCAGACCCGGGUGUACGGCCGGGACCGCGUCAGGUUCAUGGAGAGCCUGGUGGUGGGAGACAUCGCCGAGCUGAAGCUGGGACAGGGCACCCUGACACUGCUCACCAACGAGAGGGGCGGCAUCGUGGAUGACCUCAUCGUCACCAACACCUCAGAAGAUCACCUCUACGUGGUGUCCAACGCUGGCUGCGCCGACAAGGACUUGGCCAUCAUGAGGGGCAGAGCAGCAGAGCUGCGGGCCACUGGCGCUGACAUCCACCUGGAGGUGUUGGACAACGCACUGCUGGCUCUGCAAGGUCCCUCCAUGGCACGGGUGCUGCAGGCAGGGCUGUCAGACGACCUAGCCAAGCUAUCCUUCAUGAAUAGCAUCACCACGAUGGUCUUCGGUGUGCCGGGCUGCCGGGUCACGCGCUGCGGCUACACGGGCGAGGACGGUGUAGAGAUCUCGGUGCCCGCGGGGCAGGCGGUGGAGCUGGCCGAGCAGCUGCUAGAUGUCCCUGAGGUGUGGCCGGCGGGGCUGGCUGCCAGGGACAGCCUGCGCCUGGAGGCCGGGCUCUGCCUCUACGGGAACGACAUCGACGAGACCACCACGCCUGCUGAGGCCGGGCUGCUGUGGACCUUGGGGAAGCGCCGGCGCACGGCCAUGGACUUCCCCGGCGCAGCUAUCAUCAUGGCACAAGUGAAAGAGAAGCCGAAGCGCAAGCGUGUGGGACUGACAUCAGUGGGACCCCCCAUCCGUCCCCACACAGCCAUCCUGGGCCCCGAGGGCACACCUGUGGGCACGGUGACCAGCGGCUGCCCCUCACCCUCCCUGGGCAAGAACAUCGCCAUGGGCUACGUGGAGGCGGCGCACAGCCGGGCCGGCACCACACUCACGGUCGAGGUGCGGAAGAAGCAGCAUCCAGCCCUCGUCACCAAGAUGCCCUUUGUGCCCACCCAGUACUACAUGGCCAAGUGAGGCCAGCGCCCACCGUGGGCACGGCACCCUGGCCCCAAUAAACGCCCCUGCCCGGCUA